AGAGCAUCUCAGCACUCAAAGCACUCGGCUGCCUUGUGAUGGCAUCACGUGGCGUUGCUGGAAAUGAUGCGGGACGAUGAAGCCUAUAAAAGGGACGUCACCGUCAGACACUCACUCUACUUCCGCCUGGAAGAGACCGACAUCUCCGUUCUUCACGACCGAUCAUCCAACCGUCCUUCCUUCUUCCAGCCCGUUUGGUUCUGAGACGACUCUUCAGCGGACAAGAUGAGAAUGAUCCUUCUGCUGGUGCAGCUGGCCACCUGCUGUGCCAUCGGCUCAGCUAUCAAGUGCUAUCAAUGUAACCUUGGAGCGUCCUACUUCACCAGCUGGGACUGGAGUACUAAAUGUACCCUCACCAAAUGUGGAAAAGGAGAUCAGUGCUUCAUCACCAAAGAUCAGAGUACAGGCACCUACCAGGUGGGCUGCAAGGCUGGUUGGAAAGAUAAUGCUAACACUAAGUGCUGUGACACUGAUGGAUGCAACAACUGGCUGGACGUGGCUGCUGAUGCACCAGCAUGGAAGAAGCUGGAGGCCAUCAAGGCAGCUUGCAGCAACAACAACGAUCUCAAAGCCUGCCUGGAAGCCAUCUCCUCCACCAAGACUAUCAACUGCUAUCAAUGUGACCUUGAAGAGAACUUCUUCACCAACUGGGACUGGACUACUAAAUGUACCCCCACCCCAUGUAAAGCAGGACAGCAGUGCUCCAUCACUAAAGUGUCACGUGAUGCAGUCUCCUAUAAGAUGGAAUGCAAGCCUGCUUGUAAAGAUGGUACUAACACUAAGUGCUGUGACUCUGAUGGAUGCAACAACUGGCUGGGCAUGGCUGCUACAACCCAACAGGCUGCUGUCAGGACAGCAUGCACCAAGGUCAACAAUGAUCUCAAAGAGUGCCUGGAUGCCAUCAAGACCAAGACUCCCAGCUGCUAUUCAUGCUCUGGUCCCCUUGGAGCGGACUACUUCACCAGCUGGGACUGGAGUGCUCAAUGUACCCUCACCCCAUGUAAUGCAGGAGAUCAGUGCUCCGUCACUAAAGUGUCAGGUGCAGGCACCUACCAGGUGGGCUGCAAGGCCAAGGCUGCCUGUGACAGUGAUGAUGCUAACACUAAGUGCUGUAACACUGAUGGAUGCAACAAGUGGCUGGACGUGGGCGAGGAUGCUGAUGCAUGGAAGAAGGUGGAGGCCAUCAAGGCAGCUUGCAGCCCCUCCAGCAACGACCCCAAAGACUGCCUGAAAGCCAUCGACCCAAACCUCAUCAGUGGUGGGGGGGGGGGGCUGGCUGGUGCUUUGGGCCUGCCUUUGGUCUUGGCCAUCAGCGUGAUUGUGUUGGUGGUACUGGGCUAACCCCCCCAUGCAGCCCCCCCCCCAGCCAUCAGCGUGAUUGUGUUGGUGGUACUGGGCUAACCCCCCAUGCAGCCCCCCCCCCCCCCCUUUUCCUCUUUAACAUGAAAAGGCUAAAAAAAAGAAAAGAAAUAAUCCAACAAAGCAACUUUCCAUCAACCUGACCUGAUGUGAUGUUUGCACCCCCCCACAUGACCAGCCCCUCCCUUGCUGUUACACUCAGGGGUGUCGCAUGUGCGGCCCCGGGGCCCAUGAAGGUCUUAAUAUGAGCAAAGUGUCAUUCAUUGGAAAAGUGUCAUCAAAUUGGGGGGAGCACAAGAAAUUGUUGGACCGGAAGAAAAUGUCAGAAGAAAGUUGAAGUGGUUGGAAAAUAAAAAUAAAACGAAUAAAAAGCUGUGAUGUGCAAAUGAACGAGUUGUUAAACGUCAUGAAUGCAUGAUUGUACAAUGAAUGCAUGGUUGUACAAUGAAUGCAUGGUUGUACAAUGAAUGCAUGGUUGUACAGUGAAUGCAUGGUUGUACAAUGAAUGCAUGAUUGUACAGUGAAUGCAUGGUUGUACAAUGAAUGCAUGAUUGUACAAUGAAUGCAUGGUUGUACAAUUAAUAUGAAUGCAUGGUUGGACAAUGAAUGCAUGGUUGUACAAUGAAUGAAACCACAAGUAUCAUUCUUGUCCAAAAGGAUGGAAAAGGCAACAUGAGAAGGAAAUGAACAAGAUGACUUUAAUGACUGGAAAACAUCAUUUUCAUCAAUAAACUCAC